CCCGCCCUGUAGGACGCACUGUGGUGACGUGUACAGUCCGCGACGCUUUCGGUGAUCCGACCUCUGGGUUGGGCUAACCUAACCCCGGCGUUAUGGCCUCCGCCGGGGUGGCAGCCGGGCGACAGGCGGAGGAUGCAUUGCCGCCAACGUCCGACCAGCCGCUGCCCGACAGCAAGCCGCUGCCGCCUCCUCAGCCGCCGCCGCCGGUCGCUGCCCCUCAACCGCAGCAGUCGCCGGCGCCGCGGCCUCAGUCACCGGCCCGCGCGAGGGAGGAAGAGAACUACUCCUUUUUACCUUUGGUUCACAACAUCAUCAAAUGCAUGGACAAGGACAGCCCCGAGGUCCACCAGGACCUGAACACCCUCAAAACCAAGUUCCAGGAGAUGCGCAAGCUCAUCAGCACCAUGCCCGGCAUCCACCUGAGCCCUGAACAGCAGCAGCAGCAGCUGCACAGCCUCCGGGAUCAAGUCAGGACCAAGAACGAGCUUCUGCAAAAGUACAAGAGCCUCUGCAUGUUCGAAAUCCCCAAGGAGUAGAGCGAGGCCGACUUCCAGGAGCACCUGAGAAAGAGGGAAGCAAAUGGCCUGUCACCCCACAGCCACUACCCCCCCGGCCGAACGCUUGUUGGGGCACAGUUCCUGUGGAACCCAGCUCAGAACUUCAAGCUGCAGGGGCGGGGUUCCUGUGCGGGAGCCAGCGCCGAGAGCUUGGCUGUGCUGGGGCUUCCUUGUGUAGAUCCAUAUGUCUAGAUGCAUAAUAACUGGAGUGCCUGCUGGUGGAAGUCAGAAUGCUCCUGGAGGCUGCGGAGGGGGUGGAGGACUCUCCCUUGCCUCUGGGGAGGGGGCCAUCUGCUUCGCAUCCAGCCCCACUGACAGAUCUGAAGAACACAGUAAGAAGGGAGGCGGUUCCUCUCUGCUUCCUUCCCUCCCCCUCCUCCCACCCCCAUAGGAUCAGUGUGUACCAGGUACAUAUUGUUCCUGUUAGCAGCAGCUUCUUGAAACACUUGCAUAGAAUCCACUGGACAAAUUAAGCCUGCGCUCAUAUGGCAUAGAGCUGUGAGAGAAUGUUUUGAAAGGCCACAGGGUGGCUUUUUUCCCAGUUUGGUUCCUUUUCUGUUUGAGCGGUGAAGGAACUAUAGCUGUGGGGGUGUCGGCCCACACCCCUGCCAGGCAGCCCCUGGCUGCAGCUUCCCUGCUUCCUAGCACUCUCCUCUCCUUCAGCGCUUGCUCUCUUCCUUGCUCGGCACCUUCAGUCAGUGCCCAGGGCUGGCAAGGGGCCGUCCUUUCCACUCAGGCUGGAAGAGGUCUUCAGGCGGACAGACCUGUCUUCUGUCAUUUCAGAUUCCCAUUGCCGUGGUGAAAAGGUCUUUCCCUUCUGUUCUCACUUGUGGCAGCGAUGUGUACUAUGCUGCAGAGGGGUUCAUGAUGCACCUUGUGUUCAGAGAGGGGCAGUUCGGGUGGUCCUCAGCCAUGAGCUAGGCCUGACAGUGACACAGCCAAGUUUGAGCUCUUAAAGGUUUAUAGCAGCCCUCAUUUCCCCAGCAUCCCUGAUUUCUUCCGGAUGGGACAUUUUCUUUGUUUGCUCUCCCUUGACUGUCAAAUUGAGGUAGGAGUAGUUCUCACCCUUGCUUCUCCAAGAGGGGGUGCCAAGUCCUGGAGUGUUGUUUGGGUCUAGGAAUGAGCACACAACCUGCGCUGACCACUUCGGGGACUUAGCAGAUGCCCGCCAACUGACCUCAUUGGUAGGAGGACUGGGUGAAGAUGUUUUUAGCAGAGCUGCCAUUAGUGUCCAACUGCAGCUACCUAUCAGAAUGUGGGUGGUAUAUUGGGGACCUGGGGAUGUGUGAAGGAGGAGACCAGAUUUCAGUGGCUUUGCACAAAAAAGUAGGCUCGGAAUUCAAGUGGGUGGUCACCUGUUAGACCAGUUCUACCUUGGAACUGUUAUUUAACUGAAUCAGUUAUUUCCUUGAAAUUUCACAGUUGCGGGUCGGCCACUUUUAAGGCUCUGACAGAUACCAUGAAACAUGAAGCACAUGGAAAUCUAAGACCCUUGGGGUCUGAAUGCAAGGCUGAAAUGAACAAGGGCUCCUCACGCGGGUGGAGGGAGCUGGAGCCUACCUUGUGUUCCUGUUUUGACUUGUGACAUUCAAACGCAUAAUUAAAAGGACUUGUACUCUGCUGUUUCUGGA